AUGGCUUCGGUUGUGGAAGAAGAAGAUGAUCGAGAUUUGGCAGGCUCGCAGGAUGGAAGCUCGGAUAACGAAAUGGAUGAUACUCUCCGGGACGCAGAUGACGGUGCGAACGACAACGAGGCCGACGCUGACCAAGACGCGGAUCAGGACGCAGACAGUCAAUCCAAUGCCAGCCAUGUAUCCGAGAGUGCGGAGACAAACACACAACAAAACCCAGACGUUGACAUGACCUCACAUGGACCUACACAUGUCGCGUCUGAUCCUAUGUUAGCGCUCCACCCCAGCGUGCGCCGCGAAUGCCUGACGGCCUCGACGUACGAUAUCGUCCCUACGACAGCCGCACCUCACAGUACUUCGAUUAACGCAGUAACCGCCACAGCAGACAUGAGAUGGGUAUUUAGUGGAGGAUCGGAUGGAUAUGUGCGAAAGUUCAAUUGGGUUGACUCGAUCAACGGCAAAUUGAUGCUUACCGUAGCGCAAAGGCACCCGUUUGUUGACAGCGUGAUGAAGGCGGGUGUGCUCAUGACUUACUGGGAAAACAUGGAUGGGAAUAAUCUAUCUCCUGUAUAUUCCUUGGCUAGUCACAGUGAGGGUCUAUGGCUAUUGUCUGGUCUAGAGUCAGGCGCCAUUCGACUACAGUCUGUUCGCCAUGAUGAAGGCAAGGAGAUAGCGCUACUCCAACAACAUACCUCAGCCGUGUCUGUAUUGAAUCUAACGAGUGACGAAAAGUCCCUGCUUUCGGGAAGCUGGGACAAACGAGUAUUUGAUUGGGACCUGAACACCGGGCAACCCAGACGCACAUUUGGCUCCAGUGCCAGGCAAAUCUCAUCACUCGACAUACGGCCACAAUCCAGCCUCCCAGUCCCUGUAAAUACAACCGAUAAUUUCCAGCCGAACGGCACGUAUUCAUCCAACAACCAGGCGAGUGGUGGCGGUAGUCUCAACUACAUGGACACUUCAAACGAGCAAGGGGACCCCUCAAAUCUGCCGGCGGGCUCGCCAGCAGACUCACUAUUUGGGGGAGCCGAUUCGUUGUUUGGAGAUGCAGAUGGUGCUGGCGGGGACGGUGCAAGCGCAUCAGACAAUGCCUUUGGCAUAGACGAGGACGACGAGUUUGGCAAAGCUCUUGCCAACGGCGUCCUUCCUGAUACCGAUGCGCCAGGAGAACCUGACUCGAUGGAACAGCAGAAUGGUGUUGCAGAAAUAUCUGCAGAUCCCACUAAUACCGGUAAUCCAACCAUGGAUGUCAAUGCUUCAUCCCAACAACAGGCGAUCCUUGAGGGUAAUGUUCCCAAUGGCUCAGCACAGCCGGUUGUAAAUGGGCUUCCGCAUGCCGACGACCUAGAGGCACCUUCACAGAUCCAGGACUUUGGUCAAACAACACAAUCAGCAACUGGUAUCGGCCCAGACAAUGUCUUCCUGGCCGCAUCAAUUGACGGCACUAUCCGUGUCUGGGACAGACGACAGCCGGACACCAUUUCACGCAUCACUCCUCGCAAUUCUCCUCCAUGGUGCAUGAAUGCAUGCUGGUCGCCCGACGGCAACUACAUUUACGCCGGUCGCCGAAACGGCACUGUUGAGGAGUUUAGCCUUCACAAAGGUCUGCGGGACCCCGAGCGGAUCUUCAAAUUUCCUCAAGGAAGCGGGCCGGUCACCGCACUGCGGGCGAUGCCUAAUGGGAGACAUAUUGUCUGUGCCUCUCACGAUAUUCUCCGACUCUACGAUCUAAAACAUGAGCAAGUCGCACGUCACUCAACUGUGCCAUUCCUCAUCAUCCCGGGACACCGGACAGGAACCGUUUCACAACUCUAUAUUGACCAAUCCUGUCGGUUCAUGGUUUCGACCAGCGGCAACAGAGGCUGGGAGGGCAACACCACCGAAGUGUUGCUGGGGUACGAAAUCGGUGCUCCGCGAUGA